AUGUUGCGCUCCUGGCGUGUGAAGCUGAAGCUGCUGCUCGCCACGGUGACCCUGGCCAUCCUCCUUUCCUGGCUCUACCUCUUCGUGGGCAGCCUCGAAUAUGGCCGCUUCCUCCUGCUGCCCCCCUGCCUGGGUGAGCAGCCGAGCCGGGACGCGGAGCGGGAGGCGCUGGCCUCACGGGUGCGCAGGGUGGAGGAGGAGAACCUGCAGCUCCGCCGCCAGCUGGGCCGGGCACAGGCGGAGGGCAGCGACAGCAGCCCGCAGUGGGGCACCUCCGCCCGGGAUGGAGACCCUGCCAGGAGCCAGAGGAGGAACCGCACGGCCUGCCUCAAGCAGCGUGUGGUGCACAAGUGUGAGCUCCUGCACGUUGCCAUUGUGUGUGCUGGGCACAACGCGAGCCGGGAUGUAGUCACACUGGUGAAAUCCAUCCUCUUCCACAGGAAAAAUCCCCUCCACUUUCAUUUCAUCACGGACUCGGUGGCUCACCAGAUCCUCCAGACCCUCUUUGAGUCCUGGAUGGUGCCUUCUGUCCACGUCAGCUUCUAUAACGCCGAUGACUUGAAGCCAGAGGUGUCGUGGAUUCCCAACAAGCACUACUCUGGCAUCUAUGGGUUGAUGAAGCUGACGCUUACCAAGGCACUGCCCUCCAACCUCUCCAAGGUCAUCGUUUUGGACACUGACAUCACCUUUGCCACUGACAUUGCUGAGCUGUGGGCUGUCUUUGGGAAGUUUUCUGACAAGCAGGUGAUUGGGCUGGUGGAGAACCAAAGCGACUGGUAUUUGGGCAACCUGUGGAAGAACCACAAACCGUGGCCAGCCCUGGGACGUGGCUUCAACACUGGGGUGAUCCUGCUCCUGCUGGACCGCCUGCGUCGCCUGGGCUGGGAGCAGAUGUGGCGGCUGACGGCGGAGCGGGAACUCAUGAGCAUGCUGUCCACCUCGCUGGCUGACCAGGACAUCUUUAAUGCAGUGAUCAAGCAGGACCCAGCCCUGGUGUACCGGCUCCCCUGCUUCUGGAACGUGCAGCUGUCUGAUCACACCCGCUCAGAGCAAUGCUACACCGAGGUCUCGGAUCUCAAGGUGAUCCACUGGAACUCACCCAAGAAGUUGAGGGUGAAGAACAAGCAUGUGGAAUUCUUCCGCAACCUCUACCUGACCUUCCUGGAGUACGAUGGGAACCUGCUGCGCAGGGAGCUCUUUGGCUGUGCCAGCCUCCCCAGCCCACCCAGCAACCAGCUGCAGCAGGCACUGGAGGAGCUGGACGAGGAUGAUCCCUGCUACGAUUUCCGCCGGCAGCACCUCACGCAGCACCGCAUCCACCUGUUCUUCCUGCAGUACGAGUUCCUGGCCCUUCCCAGCCCCACCGAUGUCACCCUGGUGGCCCAGCUUUCCAUGGACAGGCUGCAGAUGUUGGAGGCUAUCUGCAAGCACUGGGCGGGCCCCAUCAGCCUGGCGCUGUACAUGUCAGACGCGGAGGCUCAGCAGUUCCUGCGCUACGCCCAGGCCUCGGAGGUGCUGAGCGCUCGCCGCAACGUCGCCUACCACAUCGUCUACAAGGAGGGGCAGUUCUACCCCAUCAACCUCCUGCGCAACGUGGCCUUGGCCAACACCCAGACGCCCUACGUCUUUCUGACGGACAUCGACUUCCUGCCUAUGUAUGGCCUCUAUGAUUACCUCAGGACCUCCAUCCAGCAGCUCGAGCUGCCGCAGAGGAAGGCAGCUCUCAUCGUGCCAGCCUUUGAGACCCUGCACUACCGCUUGACCUUCCCCAAAUCCAAAGCAGAGCUGCUCUCCAUGCUGGACAUGGGCUCCCUCUACACCUUCAGGUACCACGUGUGGCCAAAAGGCCAUGCCCCAACUGACUACGCCAAGUGGCGCACGGCCACCGUGCCAUACCGUGUGGCCUGGCAGCCAGACUUCGAGCCUUACGUUGUAGUGAGGCGAGACUGCCCCAAGUAUGACCAGAGGUUCGUGGGCUUCGGCUGGAACAAGGUGUCCCACAUCAUGGAGCUGGAUGCGCAGGAGUACGAGCUGCUGGUCCUGCCCAACGCCUUCAUGAUCCACAUGCCCCACGCCCCCAGCUUCGACAUCUCCAAGUUCCGCCUGAGCGCAGGGUACCGCGGCUGCCUGCAGACCCUGCGAGAGGAGUUCCACCAGGACCUGUCACGGCGCUAUGGCGCUGCUGCCCUCAAAUACCUCACCGCCGACAGGAGCCUGUGA